AUGAGAGGGAAGCCUUUCCUCACGCUCUACCCUGUGGCCUUCCACCACGUUCUUGUUCUAAAGGGAGAGAAGGCAAAGUUCCCUCUGUCUUUCUCCUCCCCCAUUCAGCUGUACCCGCUGUACCCAGUGGGUGCCUCCUUCCACGCGCCACCAGCCUUCCUCAUCGAGCGAGCAGCAGCGCCUCUCUUUGGCACCAAGGCCUACGGUGUGCACAUGAACGGCUACACACACUUGCCCUCCUCUUCCUCCGCCUCCUCCUCUCUGCACCUCUGGGUUGCUCGGCGAUCCCCCUUAAAGCCCACGUUCCCCAACCAACUAGACCACCUCGUGGCAGGCGGGCAGCCGCACGGCAUCAGCUGCAGGGACAACAUGAUCAAAGAAUGUGAGGAGGAGGCAGACAUUCCCAGGCACCUGGCAGAGAGGGCAGUGCCAGUGGGAGCAGUGAGCUAUGAGACGGUGACAGCAGCCAACACGCUCAAGAGGGACGUGCUCUUCUGCUACGACCUCCUUCUGCCACCCGACUUCACCCCCAGAAACACAGAUGGGGAAGUAGCGGAUUUUUCUCUGAUGCCCAUUGAAGCUGUGGCUAGUAUCGUGGCCAACACUAAGGAGUACAAGGCCAACUGCAACCUCGUUAUUAUCGACUUCCUUAUAAGACACGGGUGA